AUGGCUUCUAAGCUGAGGGUGAACGUGUUCGCCAACGACCCCGGACUGCGCUCCACUGGCGGCAAGUGCCUCAUCGUCCCCGCGGGGACAGCGUGGGGCGCUGUUUUGGCGUUGGCCGGAGCCAAGCUGGGCUUCGCCGCCGAUGCCGCCAAGCGACUCUUCACCGCCAACGGCGCCGAGGUGGAGGACGUGGACGAGAUCAUGCCCAACGACGUGCUCUACGUCUCCCAGGGCGAAGACUUCGGCCAGCCCCGAAGCUCGGCGCCCGCCGCGCCACCCGCCCCGCAGUUCCCCUGGACGUGUCCCGUGUGCACGUUCUUGAACGAGGCCCAGCGGCCCAAGUGCGAGAUCUGCGCGGCCGACCCACCGACGUCUGGCGAUGGUGGUGCGGCUGCGGGCGGCGCCGGCCCGAAGUCCGUGUCGUUCAUCGGCUCGUCGGCGGCACCGCCCGCGGCUGCGGUGGUGGAGACGCCCGCAACGCCGCUUGAGGCCGCGGAGCCGGAGCCGCUGCCGCUGUUCCUGAGAAAGGUGAGGGCGCCGGUGCUGCCCGGCGAGGAGGAAGAGGAGGAGGGCUACGGCAGCGAUGACGGAGACGAAGACGAUGAAGAAGAGUGGACCGACGAGGAAGAUGACGAUCUGUGGUAUGACUACCAGGAAUAUGAGGAUUAUCGGCUGGCCAUGCAACUCCAGGCUCAGAUUGCCAAGGAGCAUGCGGCAAAGAAAGAGGAGGAGGAGAACGGCCUGUACGAGUGCCCCAUCUGCUACGACGACAAGCCCCUCCCGCAGAUGUAUUUCAUCGAGGCGUGUUUCCACCGCUUCUGCAUGGACUGCAUCAAGAUGCACCUCGAGGUGACCAUCAAGGAGGGAGGCUUGGUCAAGAAGGACGCCGUCCAGGUGGCCAAGGAAGGCGUCAUCACCACCACCUCCAAUGCGACCGACAUGGGAAUUCGGUGUCCUGCCAGCGGCUGCGCGAACAUCCUGACGUACAAUGAGAUCAGGCAUUGCGCGACCGGCAUCCUGUUCGAGAAGUUCGAGGAGAUCCUCCUGUCGCGCGCCAUCGACGGAAGCAAGGACAUGAAGUGGUGUCCCAAGCCCGGCUGUGGCAACGCCAUCUUCCGCUCGGCGCGCGACGACAAGUUGGCGGUGUGCUCCAACGGGGCGUGCGGCUACACCUUCUGCUUCGAGUGCGGGGAGGAGUACCACGAGGCGUUCAGCGAAUGCAGCACCUACGCCGAAUAUCUCAAGGAAAGCCAGUACGACGGCCUCUCCCUGGCCCGCCCGCUGCCGUUGACUAACGUCGUGUCCGUCUGUCGGCGUCAUCCCGCCGAUUCUAGGGUGCAUUCGGCCAAGUCGCUGUCCGCGGCGGUGGCCUUCCACGAGUGGGCGCGCACGCAGGACCUCAGGUUCUGCCCCUCCUGCCACGAGCUCAUCGAAAAGAACAAGGGCUGCGACCACAUGUAUUGCACGAAAUGCAACACCGACUUCAGUUGGUCUGAGGCUCUGAUGUAUGCCGAUGCCAAGAGUAGAUCAAGCCACUGGCAGAACGAGGACAAGGCAGCGCUGCGCAUCGUUGGAAAAUGGCGCCCGCGCCCGGUUCCCAAGCGGAGGAGCAAAGGUCGCAGGAAGGGCGCGCGCCGAGCAGGUUUGGUCAAGCCCCAGGCCAGCCUCCCGGGUGUACCCCAGACUCAGCAGGCCAUCUCCAAAGCCACUGGUUCCUCUUCUGUUCGUGUGAGCACCAAGUGGGAGGCCUGGCACUGUCCCGACUGCGGCAACCCCCAGUGGCUAAACGCGGCCGUUCCCGACACCCUGAUGGAGUGUGAGGUGUGCCAGCGCCAGUUCUUUUCUUGGGAAUCGGUGCGCGUCACUGCACGCACCAGCGAUCGGCCCAGCCCUGAGGACGCGCCAGACGCGUCGUUGCCGCUGGUCUGGCUGGCGAUGACCCACGCCGGCCGCUGGCUCGCGUCGCGCGGCACGCCCACCGUGAUGUACGCCGUCACCCCGUCCGACACCUUGUUCGUGCCCGGCCCGGGGGUGACCACGAAGUCGACGUUGAGGCCCUGCACCAGGUUGAUGCCCUUGACCAGGAACGUCGUCGGGAAGAAGUGGUGGUCGGCGGGCACCAGGGUCUUCUGCCACUUGACCGCCCCGUUCACGUAG